GACAAUUAUCCUGUCUUGUUCACUCACAGGGGCCGUGAGAAGGGCGAAGAAACUGUGAAAAUGGAUAGUUGGAAAGGCCUGAGAUCGAAGAUCUACUCAACGGCACUGCUGGGGCUUCUUCUGCUCAGCUUCAUCGGCAAUCUUUCUGCGCUGUCCGUUACCGUAAAUGAAAUCGAAUGCGUCUACGAGUACGUCCUCUACGACGGCGACACCGUCUCCGGCAACUUUGUUGUCGAGAACCACGAAAUCUUCUGGGGCUCCGAUCAUCCUGGAAUCGAUUUCACCGUGACAUCUCCCGCAGGUAAUGUGGUGCAAACUUUAAAGGGAAAAGCUGAAGACAAGUUUGAGUUUAAGGCCCCACGAAGUGGAAUGUACAAAUUCUGUUUCCAUAAUCCUUAUUCAACACCAGAGACUGUAUCGUUUUAUAUACAUGUUGGCCACAUCCCCAAUGAACAUGACCUCGCCAAAGAUGAACAUUUGAACCCCAUUAAUGUUAAAAUUUCUGAGCUGAAGGAGGCAUUGGAAUCAGUCACAGCAGAACAGAAGUACUUGAAAGCGCGAGAUGCUCGGCAUCGUCAUACAAAUGAGAGCACUAGGAAGCGUGUCAUAUAUUACACAAUCGGAGAGUACAUUAUGCUGGCGCUUGCAAGCGGACUUCAGGUCGUCUACAUCCGCCGCCUGUUCAGUAAAUCAGUAGGAUACAAUAGAGUGUGAGGUUUGGCACCGAAGCUACCUCUUUCUCCGAAGCUAAUCCAUUCGGCAUCCGAGUCGAGGAGGAGGAGGAUGCUAGAGAAAACGUUUUAACAGCUUCCAGAACCCCACGCUUUGUGCUGGGGAAUACUUUGUUUUUCUAUGAAAUUGCACAACUCUUUGGUUCAUGAUUGAUGGGUACAAAUAUAAUAGUCGAUCUUGUGUUGUUCUGUAACAACGUUGCAAGCGCUGACACUGACUAACGUUAAAGGAUUUACCGGUUUCGGCUGCAUGGAUAUCUAAUUGGUUUGUUACUUA